AUGAGUAUCAAGGAAGAUGAUGUGGAGAAGUUUCUCGAUGGUAACCCUGCUUUUGCCAAGCAAUACUUUGAUAAGAAACUGAGACCAGAGCCACUGAGCAGCAGUCAGACAUCAGAGGAGAGCGAGAUACUUUUUGAAUUGAUCCAAGACAUGCAGGAAAGUAUUAACAUGGAGAAGGUUGUUUUCAAGACUCUAAGAAGAAUCAGCGGUCUCAUCCAUGCAGACCGCUGCAGCCUUUUUAUGUACAGGCAAAGGAAUGGCACACCAGAGCUAGCUACCAGGCUUUUCAAUAUCGAGAAAGACAGCACACUGGACGAAUGCUUGGUGGCACCAGAUUGUGAAAUUGUCUAUCCUUUGGACAUGGGCAUCGUGGGGCAUGUUGCUCAAACCAAGAGAACUAUGAACAUCAAGGAUGUCAAUGAGUGCACUCAGUUCAGCAGAUUUGUUGAUGAACUCACCCAAUACACUACAAGGAACAUCCUUGCAACUCCCAUCAUGAAUGGAAAAGAUCUAGUUGCCGUGAUCAUGGCCAUUAAUAAGCUGAAUGGCCCAUUCUUCACCAGCUCCGAUGAAAGUUUUUUCCUGAAGUAUCUGAAUUUUGCGUCCUUAAACCUGAAAAUUUAUCAUUUGAGUUAUCUUCACAAUUGUGAGACUCGAAGAGGCCAGGUGCUGUUGUGGUCAGCUAAUAAGGUAUUUGAGGAGCUGACGGACAUCGAAAGGCAGUUCCACAAAGCUUUUUACACAGUGAGAGCAUAUUUGAACUGUGAUAGAUAUUCAGUGGGCCUUCUGGAUAGGACCAAACAGAAGGAAUUUUUUGACUUGUGGCCAGUUCUAAUGGGUGAAGUUCCAUCUUAUUCCGGGCCCCGGACUCCAGAUGGCAGAGAAAUAGUCUUUUACAAAGUUGUCGAUUAUAUCCUACAUGGAAAGGAAGAUAUUAAAGUUAUCCCAAAUCCCACAGCAGAUCACUGGGCACUUGCUACUGGACUCCCAACCUAUGUAGCUGAAAGUGGCUUUAUCUGCAAUAUUAUGAAUGCUGCUGCAGAUGAGAUGUUUAAAUUUCAGGAAGGUCCUCUAGAUGACUCAGGAUGGACUAUCAAAAAUGUAUUGUCUAUGCCAAUAGUAAAUAAAAAAGAAGAAAUUGUUGGUGUUGCCACAUUUUACAACAGAAAAGACGGGAAGCCAUUUGAUGAACAGGAUGAGACUCUCAUGGAGUCUUUGACCCAGUUCCUGGGCUGGUCUGUCCUCAACACGGAUACUUACGAUAAGAUAAACAAGCUGGAGAAUCGUAAGGACAUUGCUCAGGACAUGGUGCUGUACCACGUGAAGUGUGAUAAGGAUGAAAUUCAGGAAAUCCUGCCAACACGAGAGAGGCUGGGGAAAGAACCAAUGGAAUGUGAAGAAGAUGAAUUGACAGUACUACUGAAAGAAGAACUGCCAGACCCCAUUCAGUCUGAGAUCUAUGAGUUCCACUUCUCCGAUUUCAAGUGCACCGAACUAGAGCUUGUGAAGUGUGGAAUUCAGAUGUACUAUGAGCUUGGGGUGGUGAAAAAGUUCCAGAUUCCACAAGAGGUGCUGGUGAGAUUCAUGUAUUCUGUCAGCAAGGGUUACAGGAAGAUCACUUAUCACAACUGGCGGCAUGGCUUCAAUGUGGCACAGACCAUGUUCACACUUUUAAUGACUGGCAAACUGAAGCGUUACUACACAGACCUUGAAGCCCUUGCUAUGGUAACUGCAGCUUUGUGUCAUGAUAUUGAUCACAGGGGCACCAACAACCUUUAUCAGAUGAAAUCUCAACAUCCGUUAGCAAAACUUCAUGGUUCAUCAAUUUUAGAGAGACACCACUUGGAAUUUGGAAAGUUCUUGCUUUCAGAAGAGUCCCUGAACAUCUACCAGAAUCUCAACAGGAGACAGUUUGAGCAUGUGAAUCAUUUGAUGGAAAUUGCUAUCAUAGCAACUGACUUAGCGCUUUACUUCAAAAAGAGAACUAUGUUUCAGAAGAUUGUUGAUGAGUCCAAGACGUAUGACAACGAAAAUGCCUGGACUGAAUAUUUGUCUCUGGAGACCACAAGAAAAGAGAUUGUCAUGGCCAUGAUGAUGACUGCCUGUGACUUAUCUGCGAUCGCUAAACCCUGGGAAGUGCAGAGUAAGGUAGCUCUCCUAGUAGCAGCUGAAUUCUGGGAACAGGGAGACUUGGAGAUAAGUGUACUUCAGCAGCAGCCUAUCCCUAUGAUGGACAGGAAAAAAGCUGCUGAGCUUCCAAAGCUUCAAGUCGGUUUCAUUGACUUUGUGUGCACGUUUGUUUAUAAGGAAUUUUCACGUUUCCACAAGGAAAUUCAGCCGAUGUAUGAGAGAUUGCUGAACAACAGAAAGGAAUGGAAGGCCCUUGGUGAUGAGUAUGAUGCAAAAAUGAAAGUGCUGGAAGAAGAGAAGAAAAAAGAGGAGGAAAAAAUGGCUGCAAAGCAAGCUGCUAUGAUGGCAACUUGCAAUGGAAGAACUGCCCCAUCUAGAACCUGUUGUAUCAUUUAAACCUAUUUCUGCUGGCAUAUGAGCUAUGCACCCUGGGAAAGGUCUUGUAAGAGAAAAAAGUUCCAGUGUACAAAUAUAAAUUCUUGAUGUAACCCUUUAAUUACCUAAACUGGGCUUGUCACCUAGCCAUGGAAGGGCCUAGUUUUGUUUACCCGACCCAUGUGAACACCCUUACUGAGGACAGUGAGCCAAAUUCUGCCCUCUUUCUCACUCCAUGCAAUGCCACUGAAGUCACUGGGUUGUACCGUUUAAGACAGGGCAAAAUUUGGUCCCACGAAUCUACUUGCAUGACUGAUGGCUGUAGCAUAUGUCCUGAAAUCUGAAUUCCCCCUUCCCUACUCCAAACCCCCAUGCCUAUAUUUACAGGGCCAGAUGGAUGGUGAAUGGACUUUGUGCCCAAUUCAACUGUGAUUUACCUAGCGUGCAGCCAGAGGUCACAU